CUAAUAAUGGUUUAACAUCUGAAGCAUUAGAAGCCUUUGAUCAAUUUUUAACAAUGUUAAAUAGAUAUUUUAACAUUUUGGAAAAAUUAACAAAUAAUACAAUCGCAAAUAAUGAUAUAAACAAUGAAACUAUAACUAUUAAAUGGUAUGGUUCAGUAAUAUCCAGUAGUAAUACCAUUUGGGCAAAUUCUAAUUGGUAUCAGCAAGCAGUUUUUGAUGAUAUUUCAAUUAAUAUGCAUAAUGAUGAAAUUGAAAAUUACAUUACUAGCAAUGGCAUGUGUUUUGGAAAGGUAUUAAUGCUAUGUUUAGUCAAUAUUUCAUAUAAUAUGAAUGUUCAUGGUUAG